AUGGCCAACCAAUCCACCCUUCGUCAGGCUCCCGCCGAAAGACUCUCGAUCUGGUUCGACCACUUCUCCGAGCGACUCGCCGCACGCGCCGCCAUUCUUCGCAGCGGUGGCCCGCUCAGCCAGCGGACAUCGCGACUCAUCGCUACCCUUGCCCUAUGUCUAGCCAUCAUCGGCGGAUAUGGCGGAUAUCGCCUCYACCAACACCGCCAGGCGGAGCAACUUGUCGGCCGCCAGUUGAUACGGAGGAACAGCGGCGUCAAGAACAAAGAUGGAGUAAGAACCAUCUACGUACCAUACAAGGAUCAGACCUCCAAGGUUGUGAUCCAUCCCAUCAAACCCACCACAUUUGACGCUCAUAGACGGUUCUUCUUGAACCCGACACGGCAGCGUAGCUCUGGGAAAGAGUACUCUUUGGGUGUGCCGGGACCCAAUGUAAAGGCCGGGCUCAAUGUUGCCUUUUUGCACCAAUUCAUCUCAAUCAUGCAGAUUGCCGUGCCGCGGCUUGGAUCGAAGGAGUCGGGCUUGUUGACUUUCCACGCCUUCUUCUUACUUUUGCGAACGUAUCUCUCACUUGUACUUGCGAGAAUGGACGGAGAGAUCGUUCGAGAUCUGGUCGCUGGAUCUGGUCGUAAGUUCCUGCUCGGACUACUCAAGUGGCUUUCGCUGGGUGUCGUGGGCUCCUACACAAACUCCAUGAUCAAGUUUCUGCAAGCGAAGAUCAGCAUUGCCUUCCGCACUAGACUGACGAGGUACAUUCACGAUCUGUAUUUGAGUCCGACGAUGGCAUAUUACAAGAUGCACAAUCUCGAUGGCGGGGUGCAGCACGGAGCCGACCAAUUCAUAUGCCACGAUCUGACACUCUUCUGCGACAACGCUGCCAACCUUUAUUCAAGCCUGGGAAAGCCCUUGGUUGAUCUUUUCACGUAUAACUAUCAGCUAUACCGCUCGCUCGGGCCAGUGGCGCUUACUGCGCUGCUCAGCAAUUACGCUGCCACGGCUGUUUUGCUGAAAAAGCUGAGUCCCCCGUUCGCAAAGCUAAAAGCGGCCGAAGGUCGGAAAGAAGGCGACUUUAGAUCACUCCAUGCCAGACUAAUUGCCAACGCCGAAGAGAUUGCUUUCUAUGCGGGUGGUCCGAUGGAGCAUGUACUACUUGACAAUGGCUUCAAAGAGCUGAAGAAAUGGAUGGAGGGCAUUUAUCGCGUCAAGGUCGGCUACAACAUGCUCGAAGACUUUGUCCUGAAGUACACCUGGUCUGCUCUGGGAUAUCUAAUCACAAGCCUGCCCGUAUUCUUGCCCACUCUUGGCCUUGCACCGGAUCCGAUAUCCUCCACAAAGUCAGGCGCGGAUGUACUGAGUGGUGCCUCUGAUGACACUGGUGACCGAACGAAGCAGUUUAUAACCAACAAACGGUUGAUGCUCAACCUUGCGGAUGCCGGCAGCAGAAUGAUGUAUUCCAUCAAAGACUUGUCGGAGCUUGCCGGACAGACCAGCAGAGUCUUUAUGCUCAUCAGCACCCUGCACCGCGUACACGCUCAGGCGUACCCGAGUGGCAGACACAACGAGCUUUUCAGUCUUGGUGAUGUGAAUGGUACACUACACAAGGGUUUCGACGGUGUGCGGCUCGAGAACGUUCCUGUUGUUGCUCCCGCACCAUUCCCACUCGGAGGCGAGGAGCUCAUAGACAAUCUCUCCUUCAUCGUUGGCCCCGGAGAGCACCUUCUGAUCACGGGCCCCAAUGGCGCUGGUAAGUCGGCGGUGGCUCGUAUUGUGGCCGGGCUCUGGCCCACGUACAGAGGUUUGACAUCUCGACCACGGAACACCGGCCAAGAUGGCAUCAUGUUCCUACCACAGAAGGUAUAUCUCAGUCCCGGGACUCUCCGUGAUCAAGUCAUCUACCCACAUACCGAAAUGGACAUGCGGGAAUCUGGUCGACGCGAAAGUGAGCUGCAAGCUAUCCUGGAGGAUUGUAGGCUCGGCUAUAUCCCCGAACGUGAAGGCGGCUGGGACACUCGUAAGAUGUGGCAAGACGUUCUCAGUGGCGGUGAAAAGCAGCGAAUGGCAAUUGCUAGACUGUUGUAUCAUGAGCCGGGCUAUGCGUUCAUUGAUGAGGGCACUUCGGCUGUGAGCUCUGAUGUUGAAGGCAUCUUGUAUGAGACUGCAAAGGCGAGAGGUAUCACUUUGAUCACUAUCUCGACACGCGCAUCGCUGAAACGAUACCACUCUUACACGCUUACGCUCGGUUUGGGUGAGGAGGCGAAUGAAUACGAGUUUGUUCGCAUUGGAACUGCAAGUGAGAAAGACAGCGUUGAGAAGGAAAUUCAGGAGCUCCGCGAGAAGCUCGCCAUGGUGGACGAGUGGAAGCGAAGGCGAGAUGAGAUCAACAACGAUCUUGGCAAGGUUUGGGUCGCAGGCGAAGAACAGCCUCUCGAGGCGCCUGAAUAUCACCAUCAAGACUCCCAAAGCCGGAAUGUAGUGUCAGGAUAA